UUGUAAGACCAUUGUUUACUUAGCUUGACAUUCUCUUUUUCCUUUGUGUUGGAUUUAGUCAGCUGCAGACACAGAAGAGGGAACAAUGUUGAAAUCUGCAGUGUUUUUGUUCCUGCUUCUAAGUGUGGAUAUACAUGUGAGUGGUGCUGUAGGUGAGACUGUGGCAGAAAACUCCAUACCAGAGAAGGUCAAGACAGAAGAGGCUGCAGCAACUUGUAGCAUUCCUGCAGUGACAAUGCUUCUUCUGGUUACUCGGGAAAUUUGCUGGUUGUACCUAUGGAUGGGAGUCACUGGGUGGGUAUAAAGGCCAUUGCCCAAGAAAUGGGUCGCCGUGGACACCGGGUCACAGUGGUGAUACCAGAGGUCAGCAUUCGGAUGGGUCCAGGAAAACACUACGACACCUUGACCUUUCCUGUCCCUUAUGACCGGGCUCACAUUGAUUAUGUCAUGUCUUCACACAUGGACGUGAUGAAAAAAUCAGCACAGUCUUUCACAGAGAAAGUUACGACACGAUUCUCACAAAUCAAGAGAAUUACUGGCUUCAUCCACAUCACAGCAGAGAGCCUACUGUUCAAUGACAGUGUCAUCUCACAUCUGGCACAGCAGAACUUUGAUGCCGUCCUUACAGACCCCAUGGUGCCCACAGGCACUCUCAUAGCUCGGAAAUUAGGUCUACCCACAAUAAAUUUGCUGAGAGGAAUUCCAUGUUCUAUGGAUAUGAAGACUGCAGGAUGCCCAUCCCCUCCCUCAUAUGUGCCGCGCUUCUUAACAAAAAACACGGAUAAAAUGAACUUCAAGGAGAGGGCUAUCAACACCUUGGUGGCUUUACUGGAGCCGCUGCUUUGCAGACUGAUGUACUGGCACUUUGACAAUUUAGCCUAUCAGUUCCUGAGGGAGGAGGUGGGCGUGGCUGAAAUGCUGUCAGACUCGGCUAUCUGGCUGCUGAGGCUUGACUUCACGCUGGAGUUCCCACGGCCCCUCAUGCCUAAUAUGGUGCUAGUUGGCGGAAUCAACUGCCAUGUGAGAAAUCCUCUGCCUGGGGAUUUGGAGUCCUGGUUGUUGGAAGGAGAACAUGGGUUUGUAGUGUUCACUCUGGGCACCAUGGUGUCAGAUCUGCCUGAAGAGACAACCUCCAUCUUCCUGGAAGCCUUCAGACAGAUUCCACAGAAGGUAGUAUGGAGAUACACUGGGCCGGUUCCUGAUAAUGUUCCAGAAAAUGUGAAGUUCAUGAAAUGGGCUCCUCAGAAUGACCUACUAGCGCAUUCUGGAGUGCGGGCCUUCAUCACUCACGCUGGCUCACAUGGUCUCUUCGAGGGACUGUGUCACGCUGUUCCGAUGGUGAUGGUUCCUCUUGGGGGUGACCAGCCUGACAACGCCCAGAGGUUGGCGAGCAGAGGAGCCGGCCUCGUGUUGGAUAUUUUUGACAUAACUACAGAGAGCCUUCUGGAAGGAUUGAAUGAGGUCAUCAACAACACCAGGUAUAAAGAUAAUGUGCAGAGGCUGUCUGAUCUCCAUAAAGACCGGCUGGUUGACCCACUUGAACUUUCUGUGUACUGGACAGAAUAUGUGAUGCGCAACAAAGGGGCAAAACAUCUUAAAGCUGCCGUCCAUGACCUCAACUGGAUCCAGUACUACUGCCUGGAUGUCAUAGCGCUGCUGGCUACUGUAGUGCUGAUUUUUGUAAUCCUGACAGUAAAAUGUUUUAGAUUAAUCUUUUGGAAGCUGACCAGGAAGAGAAAGCAGGAAUAGUGGUUCUAUAUAUGCACUUUCAAAUAAAAAAUGCACAGUAUGUUAAAUUGGUUUUGGUUUAAAGAUGUAACAGGGUGAAUAAGAAGAUUAAGGGAAGCCAUGAGGUGAUCAGAAAACAUUUAAUGAACAGAAAAUACAGAUUAUUAGACUCUGGGGUUUAGCGUUAGUGGCCGCCCUUCUUUGGUGGGAAGAAGGUGUACUCUACAGCCACAGCGACAGCGAAGGCGGCAAAGCCCCACUUGAAUCCCUUCAGAAGAACUUCAGACAGAGUGACAGGACGAGCGAAGCCGCCAGUGUAUCUCCAAGCCUCGUUGCUGCAGUGACAGUCAGAGAAAGAAUAGUCAGUAUUCAAAAUUAAGUAAAUGUGAGACAGCUAUAUUUACUUUUGGUAGAAACACUGACCGAGCCCAUGGAUCCUUGAGGCCCCUGCCUGCCAGCCUCCUCUGUACAACCUCGAGUGGGGUCCCCUCCACCUUCCACUGCCGCCAGUCUGGCAGAACCAGCUUGUUAUGCCCGUGGUCACCUCCCAUUCUGAAACCAGAUGCAUGAUAAUAUAUAAUCACCCAUAGAUAACUUCAGCCUUUCAUAUUACCAUUUGCUUUUUAUUUUAGAAUUGUGCUGUCAUGAGUCACAGACACAAACCUUACAAGACACACAAUAUGUCAACGAUCCACAAUAUGUGUUCAAUAUAGGCUCAAACAUGUUUCCCCUUAAGUACAAGUGAAAACUGCUAACUCAUUGGUAUCCAUCUCAGUUUAUGUCCAGAAAUGUACAUGUGGGAACGGAUUUACCUGGUUCCAACCCAUUUCGAACAGCUUUAAAAUUAUUAUUUGUAAUGAACAAUUUAUUUUAUGUUUAUGUUCAUUGUAUAAGCAUAAAAAUACUCUCAGGUUAUACAGUUUUUAGUGCUAUUAUUUAUGGAGCUUAAUGUGAUUGGCUGCUUUCCAUUAUCUUGACACACUGCUGUUCUAAGAUUCUCAGGACGCAAGUUGGCACAUAAAUCAUACUUUGUAACAAAAUACUUAAUGAUAACUUGUCUAACUGCUAUAAUAAAGAAAUCACUUUUUAUGAA